AUGGGCUAUGGCGUAGCAGGACCAGGCUCCUCGCGCUCAAACAGCCGGCCACCCCGCGCACGCUCUCAAGCACCCCAGGAAUCUGUCAAGCAGUUCUGGGAACAAUUCAACACGAAGUACCCGGGUAAAGUAUACACGGUGCUGCCGGACAAUCCCUACGCACGGACGCGGGCGAAACAUGUUCCCAGCGGCCGUGUUCGGGGCCACGAGGCCGUCAAAUCGUACGAGCAGGCGCGGCGCGAAUGUCAAAAGUCUGUCGACCGUAUUGUCAAGGAAUGUGAGCGUGUGAAUCAGAGAUACUCGGACCCGCACUUCGAUAUCGAGCUAGACCUGAAGUCUGGUCGGAGACACUAUCUCGAUGGAUUGGAUAAACCGAAUACGGAGAUGAGACCUCGGGGCGUGAAGAGAGUGACCGAAAUCUUUGAGAAUCCGCAGUUCUUUGUUAAUGGGCCUACCGCGUCAGAUGUGCGGCAGGGAUAUGAUGGAGAUUGCUGGCUCAUGGCUGCGCUUUGUACUAUGGGCAAUAAGGAGGAGCUGAUCGAGAAGAUUUGUGUUGCUCGCAAUGAAGAGGUUGGGAUUUAUGGGUUUGUUUUCCAUCGAGACGGCGAGUGGCAGCAGUGCAUUGUAGAUGACAAGCUCUAUCUACGCGCUGCUGACUAUGAUGAGUCUGUGGAAGAGCGACCCAUCUGGGACGACAUAAAUCGGACUGAUACGGAGGAAGAGUACCGGCGAGUCUGGCAGACAGGCUCGCGGGCCCUCUACUUCGCCCAGUGCGUCGACGAAAACGAGACCUGGCUACCCCUUCUGGAGAAAGCCUUUGCAAAGGCCCACGGGGACUAUUCUGCCAUCGAGGGUGGCUUUGUUGGUGAAGCUAUCGAGGAUCUCACCGGAGGCGUCACGUCUGAGGUCUUGUCCAGCAAUAUCCUGAACAAGGACCGCUUUUGGACCGAGGAAAUUAUGAAGGUCAACAAGGAAUUCCUCUUUGGUUGCGGGACGGGCCUGUUUUCAAACUGGUUGGAUCCUAAGUACCGGGGUCCACCGAGGGAUCGAAAGGGUAUCUCAGAGGGCCACUCCUAUUCCAUCAUGGAAGCCCGGGAGAUUGACGGGCAUCGGCUACUGCGACUCAGGUACGUGCAUGAAUGUGCUAGGCAAAGGCAAAUGAAUGAAAAACUCACGAAUCUAAGGAACCCAUGGGGUCGCAAAGAAUGGCAUGGUGCCUGGGGUGAUGGAUCCAAAGAAUGGACGCCGGAGUGGAUGAAAACUCUUGGCCAUAAAUUUGGCAACGAUGGUUUCUUCUGGAUCUCUUAUAAAGACCUCCUCAGGAAAUACCAGCACUUCGAUCGGACUCGCCUUUUUGGCCCUGAAUGGACUAUUACCCAGCAAUGGACUACCUUGAAUGUUCCCUGGUCAGCUGAUUAUCACAGCACUAAAUUCAUGAUGGAUGUGACUACCAGUGGUCCAGUAGUCAUUGUCCUGUCCCAGCUCGAUGCGCGCUAUUUCAAAGGACUAGCCGGCGAGUACAGCUUCGUGCUCAAGUUCCGCCUGCAGAAGGAAGGCGAACGGGAUUAUCUCGUGCGCAGCCAUAGCAGCCACUUCAUGGGCCGAUCUGUUAACGCCGAGAUUAACCUUGACCCGGGUCGCUAUCAUGUCCUGAUGAAAAUCACAGCCUUCCGCCACGAAGACGUAGAUUCAACCGAGGAAAUCGUCCGCCAGGUUGCCUCGACAAGAAGAGAGAAACUGGUGCAAGUUGGCCUUUCAUACGACCUCGCGCAUGCCAAGGGACUGGUGGGCGAGACAGAGCAGGAAAAGCGGGAGCAGGAGCUUUUCAAGGCAGCUGAGCGAAGAAAGCUUCGUGACGACAUUAAGAAAAAGAUGCAGAAGGACUGGAUCCGCAAUCAGAAGCUAAAUGCCCGACAAGAGCGCAUGGAAGCAAGGCGCGGGUGCCGCACCCCCAGCGGCAGCGGCAGCUCCUACGAUCACAACCCCGAACGCGAUUGUCUCCCCAGCCAAAUUCUGACAGAGAAACAAGUGGCAGAAUCCCCCAUAGAUGCUGGAAGCAUGUCGAGCGAAAGCGGUGACCGCCGUGUCAACGGUUCCGUCCCGAUCAUCCACGUCAAUGGCGGCCAGGGCCUGCACGAAAGACACGCAAGACGCGCAAGCAGCGGCUGGCGACGUGGAGCCGACUCGCCACGUCCCAGUCUAGACGCUCGGUUUGCUACAGAGGCUCUGGACCCGACUGAUCUCGAUUUACUAGAAGGGUUCGAAUUUGACAGCGAUCUCGAUAUGCCUCCUGACGAGGCGGAUGUGAAGAACCACCCUCCAUCAAUGGGCCAUGAUGAGCCUGCUGUUGACCCGUGGAAUGCCGUCUGUGUGGUCGGCCUGCGGGUUUACUCCAAGGAUCCGAUGUUGAGUUUGCAGGUUGUGCGUCCUGUGCCAGAGGAUGAUACUGAAGCUCCUCUGGACCGAGACGACCCUGCGGCGUCAGCGACUACCUCUCGGCGAGACACUUAUUCGUGGAGGGACUCUUGGAGCAGUCAGCUACCUAUAUAG